CUGCUCAUUUGAGUCUGAGAUUCAAGAUUUGUGUCUGUGGAGAGAUUGUCAGAGAGAACAACACAUCGGGAAUUGAUCGGAAUUGAUCAUGUUAUUAAACCUCAGUGGAAUUGACAGACCAACUUCAACAUGAAAGGUUUUAUCCUUCUGGUUCUGGGAAUAGGCCUUCUUCAUUGUGCAUCUGCUGCUACGCAUUCACUGCGUUAUGUGUACACUGCGAUCUCAGGAAUACCAAACUUCCCAGAGUUUGUCAAUCUGGGUAUUGUGGAUGGAAUGCAGAUUGAUUACUAUGACAGUAACACCAAGAGAGUAGUACCCAAGCAGGACUGGAUGGCCAAGACUGAGGGGUCUGAUUACUGGGAGACAGAGACUCAGGUCUCCAUUGGUGCCGAGCAGACCUUCAAAGCAGGCAUUGAGAAUAUCAAGCCGCGUUUCAAUCAGACUGGAGGAGUUCACGUCCUCCAGCGGAUGUAUGGCUGUGAGCUGGAUGAUGACGGCAUCACUCGAGGAUACUUCCAGUUUGGUUAUGAUGGAGCAGAUUUCCUCAGUCUGGACAAGAGCACUCGUACCUGGACUGCUGCCAACCAGAAAGCUGUCAUCACCAAGCUUAAGUGGGAUGCAACUGGAGAUAACGCUAACUAUUGGAAGAAUUAUCUAGAAAACACAUGCAUUGAGUGGCUUAAGAAGUAUGUCAACUACGGCAAAGACACUUUGGAAAGGAAAGUCCCUCCCUCCGUGUCUCUGCUCCAGAAGACCCCCUCAUCUCCAGUGACCUGCCACGCUACAGGUUUCUACCCCAGUGGAGUCACUGUGUUCUGGCAGAAAGAUGGGCAAGAACAGCAUGAAGAUGUGUUGCAUGGAGAGAUUCUCCCCAACGGUGAUGGAACCUUCCAGAAAAGCACCCAACUAAAAGUGACGCCUGAGGAGUGGAAGAACAACAAGUAUCAGUGUGUGGUUCAGGUCACUGGUAUCAUGGUGGACUUCAUCAAGGUUCUGGCCGAGUCUGAGAACCAGCCCGACUGGAGAAGAGGUGUGAACACAAUUGGCUCCGCCCCCAUCAUUGGAGUUGCUGUAGCUCUCCUGAUCGUUGUUGCGGUUGUUGCGGUUGUUGCGGUUGUUGUUGGGGUCGUCAUGUGGAGGAAGAAGAAGAAGAGCGAGAAAGGCUUUUUUCCAGCCAGCACUUCCGACGCUGACUCUGACAACUCUGGGAAAGGUCUCCAGAAGACUUGAUAAACCUCUGCACUUCUGUUACAUCAGAGAGCUGAAGAGGACAGCGACGGAAAUAACAAACAAACUUCCCGAAAACAUAACACAUGUGUAUACUUACACACACACAUCAGUCUCACACACAUCUUUCUCACGCACAAGCGCACACGCGCACACACACACACACACACACACUGUAAACACAGAAUCCAUAUAGAAAACAUAUCUGCUGUCAGAAAUAUUCUUUGGUGAUUUCCUUGAAACAGUUGUACUUUCAUUUAUUCCUUUUACUUUUUAAAAGAUGUGCUGUAAUUUUGUUGAAUUAUACAAUGUAAUAUUGCCAUGGUUUGCCUUUUUAAAAGUUGUGCUGUAAUUUUGUUGAAUUAUAAAAUGAAAAUGUUCCACUGUGUGAUAGACAUAUCUCAAUCUUACAGGUAUAUUAGAAUCAAUGGAUGUAAAAUGUAUAUUAUUAUUAAAAUAAAACAUCAAUUUGCUUGAUUUUCCCCUACCUGAAGCCACCAAAACAAUCACAUUUAAGAUAUAUUGCUGUAAUCUGGAAAAACAUUUUUCAAUUUUGUUUGAAUGUGUAGUGUAGCAGCACAUGUUUUGGUGGUAUAAGAUACAGUAAUUGUGUGAUGUUAUAACUUUGCUCACACUAACUUGUUUAAUUGUAUAACUAUAAUCCAGACCGGGCCUGUCCACAUGUUCCAUUUGUACAUUUUUCUCUUUUCUCGAAUGUGGCUUUAUUUUUCUAGCUUUUUAAAAAUGUUAUGAUACGUUUCAUUUAUGAUGAGCCAUAACACUUUUUCACUACACAUUCUGUAGAAAUAAGUUGGUGAAUAAGUCAACAUGUAUUUUAUUGGAAGUGUAAAUGUGAUCCAUUUAACAGACGCAUAAUCAACCAGCCAAACAAGACCAAUUAGAGACCAAAUUCAUGCAUUCUGUAAUAAUGUUCUUACACUUCUCAAAGACCACAAAAUUGAAAUGAAAGUGUCAUACUGGGCCUUUUAAUAAUCUUUGCAGUGAGAUAUGUUCUAAACAGCAAAGGACUUGAAGUGGAACAAAAUAAUUGUGUAUAAGGUAUAUGGGCUUAAGAAGAAGUAAUAUAUAUUUUGAUGACCUGUAUGAAAAAUGAUGGGGUGUCAGGUAGCCUGGCGGUUAAGAGCAUUGGGCCAGUAACCAAAAGGUAAGUUGCUAGUUAGAAUCCCACAGCCGACAAGGAGAAAAAUCUGUCAACGUGCCCUGGAGCAUGGCACAACCAUAAUUUCUCAUGUAAAUCGUUCUGGAUAAAAGUGUCUGAUAUGUAAAUGUUUUAAUAAAAUGCUUCUUAGAAAGGGGGUCAUCUCUACACAGUUUCUCUGAGCACCGGCACCUAUUUCAGUCCAAGUCAAGCAAUGGCUGUAAACAACAACGGGCAUAAAUAAAUAGGUGCUGAUACUAGUUUGGGUACGGUACUGUUGACGUUUAGGUGUAGGAGUUCUAAAAUUAUUUAUGUAACAAUAUAAUAGGCUUUUGAAUAAAGGUCAUUCUAGACAUUUUGUUGUCCUGUAAGAAAGAUGUUUGAAUAAAAUGCUUCUUAAAAAAGGGU